GCUGUGAACGCAGCGCACUUUUCCUGUGCUGACCUCUGACAGCCGCUCAUGGAUCCGCUCUCCCUACCUUCACAAACACGGAAGCAGCAUGGCGUCCAACAGCAGCUCCGACAGGCAAAGAAUUGCACAGCAAAGACUGAGAAUAAUUGCCGGACAUUUACAGGGACCGGUGGACAGUGACUCGACAAUCCUAGCCGCGGAGUGCAAAGCCCAGGGCAGCAAAACAGAUGUCUCCAGUGAGAGGAAGACGAUGCCGAGGAGAAGGCAGGAGAUUUUGAAAUGGAACGGUUGGGGAUACAGUGAUACAAGAUUCCUCUUUAAUAAGAAAGGUCAAGCAGAAUUUACCGGUAAAAGGUAUAGACUAAGUGGUAUGAUCAUCCCUGCUCUGCAAAAUUGGUUUGAAGGCACGUUUGGAGCCAGUAUGCAACAUAAAUCUCCAGCAAUGCCCAUUUUGACUAGCAGUGCUGUACAGCCUCCCACUCUUAACGAGGCCUUCGUGGACGAACUGAAAUCCACAGGUAUUCCCUUCUCUCAUGAUGCAGAGGACCGGGUGUUUCGCGGCCACGGCCAUUGCUUACACGAGGUCUUUGCUCUGCGAGAGGGUAAAGUUGGUCGUGUUCCAGAUAUAGUGGUAUGGCCAAAUUGCCACAAUGAUGUAGUGAAAAUUGUGGAACUGGCAUGCAAACAUAAUGUUUGUUUGAUACCAUAUGGAGGAGGGACUAGCGUCUCUAGUGCCCUAGAGUGCCCCCCAGAGGAAACUCGCUGCAUUGUCUCUCUGGAUACCUCACAGAUGAACCGCAUUCUGUGGAUUGACGAGAAAAAUUUAACCGCCCAUGUGGAAGCUGGCAUCGUCGGUCAGGAAUUAGAAAGAUUGCUUAAUGAGAGCGGCUACUGUACUGGGCAUGAGCCAGACUCCAUGGAAUUCAGCUCCCUGGGGGGCUGGGUAGCAACCAGAGCAUCAGGCAUGAAGAAGAACAUCUAUGGCAACAUUGAGGACCUGGUUGUCCACGUAAAGAUGGUGACCCCACAAGGAGUGAUUGAAAAGGGCUGUCAGUGCCCGCGCAUGUCCACGGGGCCAGACAUUCACCACUUCAUCAUGGGCUCAGAAGGAACCCUGGGUGUGGUUACUGAGGUAACAAUGAAGAUUCGUCCCAUGCCGGAGUAUCAGAAAUACGGCUCAGUGGUAUUCCCUAAUUUUGAGCAGGGAGUUGCCUGUCUCCGAGAGGUUGCCAAACAGAGGUGUGCACCUGCAUCUAUACGGCUCAUGGAUAAUGAACAAUUUAAAUUUGGUCAUGCCCUGAAGCCUCAAGUAUCCUCAAUUUUCACAUCCUUUCUGGACGGGUUGAAGAAAUUUUACAUCACCAAGUUCAAAGGGUUUGACCCCGACCGCUUGUGUGUGGCCACCUUACUGUUUGAGGGAGACCGUGAGAAGGUCCUGCAGCAUGAGAAGCAAGUUUAUGACAUUGCUGCAAAAUUUGGGGGGCUGGCAGCUGGAGAGGACAAUGGGCAGAGGGGCUACAUGUUGACCUUCGUCAUCGCUUACCUCCGGGACUUGGGGAUGGACUACUAUGUGAUCGGGGAGUCCUUUGAAACCUCUGUGCCUUGGGACAGGGUGUUGGACAUUUGCUGGAACGUAAAGGCACGCAUCAUUCAAGAGUGUAAAGACAAAGGAGUGCAGUUUUCACCGUUAUCCACAUGCAGGGUGACUCAGACAUACGACGCUGGUGCCUGUGUCUACUUUUACUUCGCCUUUAACUACAGGGGACUCAGUGAUCCAGUGCACGUGUAUGAACAAGUGGAGCAUGCAGCUAGAGAGGAGAUCCUUGCCAAUGGAGGGAGCUUGUCACAUCACCAUGGAGUGGGGAAACUUCGGAAGGAGUGGAUGAGAGAGACCAUCUCGGAUGUCGGCAUGGGGAUGCUUAAGUCUGUCAAGAACUACGUGGACCCCAAAAACAUCUUCGGCAACAGGAACCUCAUCUAAUUUCCCGCUCACCUUAAUCCCACCUUUUUCUAAAAAGCAUCUUGUGCAUUUUGGAUUAAUAGAUACUAAAUGUGAAUUGAAAAUGGACAGAAAUGUUGUCUUUUUCAUCAAAAGUGUCAUUCGGUGCCAUCUAAAUAUUCACCCAAACCUUUUCUUUUACUUUAAUUUGCACUUAAUAUGCUGUAACAAUCAUUGUCACUCACGGUGAAGCUCAUUUUUGCUGUUGUUGUUGGAGCUACGGCCAUGAUGCAACCAGACAUAAUGCAACAAAAUCUUGAUUUUUGUCAUAUUUUCUUAUAUUUAACCAUUUCCUAAAUAUCCUUGCCAACAUGGUUAAUUCAUCUGUUUUUACUUUCCUCUUAUGUGUGUGUGUGUGGGGGCACUUCUUUAGGGGUUAGUUCUAGAUGAAUGCGCUUUCUGAAGCUCUGUGCCUUUCUAAAGCUUAUGUCUGCCUCC